UUGUUACCACCCCCUUCCUUAGUGGGAUUGAAUGUGUAGAGGAAGGAACUUACCACAGACAGAAAGACUAGAACUUAGUACUUUCCAAUAAUGUGCUGAAACGACAAUGGCAAGAAUGGUCCUCAUGAAAAUAAUAACAAUUGCUCUGGCUGUUUAUAUUAUCUGUUUGUCUGAUUUCUUCCCCCCAUCUGAAGGAGACAUUGUUAAUGUGCUCAUAGUGGUGUGCAUUGACCCAGCCUUAUCAAAUAAAGUAACCAACCCGUCUUCUCUGCUCGGAUUCAUGAACAUUACUAGUAUCAACAACUGUUCACAAGAUGGAACUCAAGGAAGGAUGACUGAGAUAGAAGUCUCUUUAAAUCAUCCCAGCAAUGCAAGGAAUCAAGGAAAAUUUGCUUCUCAGAACGUAACUCCACAUUUUAUAGCCACAGGCUGGUUUAUAUGUAAAACUGAUACAAAGGAAAAGCAAACACUGCAUCAGGGAUCACCUCCUCAGGUAUCCAAAAUGAUGAUAUCUAUAACAGAUAGGAGUGUAAUCACUGGGAUCAGUGGAUUAAAGAUGCUCAUCUUUCCCAUACCUAACAAAAUUAAUGCUACCUGGAACUGCAGUUCAGUAAAUGGGAGGAAAACUACCAAAUGUUACAUGGAAGUUGAAUUUCAGAACUUCACUAUAGAAGAUUUGACAGAUCAAAAUAGAGAUCUUUGCACUAAAAAGGAAAACUGCGACAUUUUUGUGAAGAAGGAAGCCCCUAAUAAUCCAUGCUACAGAGACAGAACUAAUUAUUUGACAGUGACCAUUAAAGAUAUGAACAGAACCAAUGCAGAGAAUUUACGAGAAGGUAUUCAUAUUACCUGGAGCAUUCAUUCUCCUGCUGGAUCGCAAAUUACAAAAUACUCUGCAUGCAUUCAGGUGCAGAAUCCCUCUACUGAAUAUCAAGAGCAGAAUUGUGUCCUUGAAAUUAUUUGGUUAGCAUUAUUCCCGACCAUCUGUGUAACCUUACUUAUCAUCAUAUCUUACCAGUUGUUCAAGGAAGAUUCAUCCUGUAAUGCAUGGAAAUGUAGAUCAAACUCUGACCAUCUACAAGAAAUCACAGAAGAGUAUGGAUACAGAAAUGUUCCAAUGCCAGGUGAACACUCAAGCCAACAGGAAGCCCCUGUGUAUCUCAAUGAAAUUCAGCAUGAAGGAAGCAGAAGGCAGCCAUCAGGUCAUGUGGCCUGUUCCAGAGAAAGUCAGCUUACAGUGCCAAUCAUCACGUAUCAAGCAUUGGAUAACAUAAGACAUGGCUCAAGUCAACAGUCUAGCAGACACAGUCAUAAAUCUGCAUGUUCAGCCAUUGUGUCCUCAAAGACUGGAUUAAACAGAGGAAAUAACUCAUCAGAAAAUCACAUGGAACUGUCUGUAAUACUUGAACAUGGAAAUACUCCAUUCAAUUAUGAAGCAGAAAUUGCUUGUGCCACACAUUCCUCAGUACCACAAAGAAGCAAGAAUUUAUCUAAACAUGGAAUUCAUCUGUUCAGUAAUGAAGGAGUUCCUUUUAUUACAUCUCUGCCCAAUAGUUCAAAACGACAAAACAGUGACAGUGCUUCAACAGAUCAAUACACAAACGUUCACUGUGAAAUAAAUGAAACCUCAUUCACGCAACAUCAUCCUUCAGGUGAAUACUCAAACCAGCAUGAAGCCCCUGUGUAUCUCAAUGAAAUUCGGCAAGAAGGAAGCAGAAGGCAGCCGUCAGGUCAUGUGGCCUGUUCCAGAGAAAGUCAGCUUACAGUGCCAAUCAUCAUGUAUCAAGGAAUAUGUGAUCCUGUCCAACCAUAUGGUAAUAUGCAACAGCCAAACAGUGAGGACACUCCAGGACAUGAAUAUGAAAACUUUCUGGAUCUUGCAGCAUGUGCUCCAGUUCUCCAUCAUGAUCACAGCCACAGCACUAACACAAAAUGAAAGAGAAAAAUCAUAUGUUUGUGAGAACAGCAUUCCUGAAGUGAAAUCUCCAUGCCAGUAAUUCUAUUUUAAGAGUGUUCUACUCCGGUUCUACUGUUGAUACAAAGGCUGAAAAACGGAGUCUUAUUUUAUAAUGUAAAUUGUGUUUAAAGUAUGCAGGUUCUGGAACAGGAUUCAAUUAAGGUUUAAGCAGAUUUGUUAAUACUCAAUAAUUCAUUAAUAUAUAUUGUUUAGUCAGUGAUGGGACUUAUGUUUCAUUAUUAUGGGUUUCAUAAUAACAUUUUACCUUAUAAUUGGAGAAAGUUCCAGACAACAGAUUCUUUAUACAUGGUUUUAAGUUUCAACAAACAAAUAUUGUGAUUUUACUGUGAGAUUAUUAAAGCCUAUUGAAAUAAAGCAGUUAGAGCAACAGGGAAUAGAAUGAGGUGGCACCAAAUAAUCAUAUGACUUAUAUACUUGGCUUGAUUCUAAAAUCCCACAAUUUCAUUGGGAAGCUGCAUUCACUGGGAAAUUGCAACCUCACACCCCAUUGUUUCCAGUUCUUAAUUUUAAUGAUGCUUCUUCUUGGUGUAUCUGACUUAAAUAGCAGGGUUAUCCUGUUGGAAUGGACAGGGUGGCGGGUGAGGGCAUGAGGCUGUGAGCAAGGUGACAAAGGAUGCAGAUGGAGGGAGCAUGUUAUUUACUUUUCACUUCAGUUUUCCUCAGUUCUUAUUCCCUCCUGCCAGGCACCUUCUGAGAGUAUAGAUAUCCCCAGAACUUUGUCAAGAACAUAAAAUGAUCAAUUCAAAACCAUUUGUUCCAUUGAAUGUGCCUGUACUAGCUCUUUGCUUGAGAAAUCCAACUUAUCCCACUGCCCUGCCCUGUGUCUUCCUCUACUUCAAAUAGUAUUCAGUUUUUCUGUUAUGGGAAUGUGCUAAAAAAUAUAUAAAUUGUUUAUCUGGCUGGAUUUAAAAAAAAAAAACGAGCCCUCUAAAGAUAUUGGAAACUACCCACACUGUUGCAAUACACAGUCACUUUCCACCAAGUGGGAUGCAAAAAAAAGACACUCAACUCCCUGAGGAGUGUGAAAGACACCAUCUCCUUUUGGUUUCACAUUAUCCUAAGACUUUUCAAAUGCUUCUGAGGCGAGACAUCAAAAUGCAGCUAAUGUUCUAAAAAUAAUGACUACAGUAGACAUGGACUGAUAGAAUUUCUCUGGAAUAUACAGCCAGCCUACUUAACAAGCAGGAGAGGGAGAGAACAAGGAACAAUGCUGUGGUGAAACUGAAGCUGUGUGCCUUCUCUGUUCUCUCUCUCUAUCUCUCUCUCUCCCACACAGAAGUGUUGUGCCCAGAUUUGCAAAAUAACCAUCCUGAGAUGAGAAAUCUACUGCAAACCAAGAUCAUUUGGGAAUAAAACAUGGAAAUCAGGCUCCAUACAACUACACCCAGGAAGACAACUGAACAAAACGGCCGCAAAGUGGGAUCACCACACCGAGACCAGCCAAGGAACAGUUAACCAUAUACUCAUCAGUUUUAUUUUUACAUGAACUGUAAAAAAUCUUUAAACUAUCCUCUUACCCUGUCAUCUGUACUAGUGUGUGUAUGCUGGCAGGCGAAUGUGUGACGUAUGAAUGGUAGAUGCGAUUUAACUAAUUUUUGUUAAUUUGGGAAAUGAUUCCAAUAAACUUAUCUUGCUCUUUGUUUACCUUAA